UCUCAGCGUCAUCUUACCAUAUUCCAUAGGAUACUGCGGUUGUGAAAUAGCCCCUGGUGAUAUGUUCGCUGUUAUUCUUCCGUACCAGGGCCAAUAUGAGUUGAACGACAAAGCUCUGGGGUGUCAAGAUCGGCAUUGGACCUUUAGGAAGCAGUCCUUUGCCGGCCCGUGUCUCGGCUCUCUGCCAGAUCAUCUCCGCAUUCUUCGAGAAGCCCUGUUGCGCGUUUGAAUGGUACGCAAAGCCGCUAGAUGCAAAAGCCACCAUAGUCAGGUUACGUCUUUGCACUCUGCAUCCUAGCACCAGGGUGGCUCUUAUACGUUAGGCUAGGGUCGCGCUUUUGGGUACCACAUGUCUUCCCUAGGAAUUGUUUAAAUCCUUUUUGGAAAAGGCAGCUCUGCUUGUCCUAGCUAUUGUCGUCCGAGCAAGCUUGCAUCAUACUUGUAGUAUUGAGAGGUAUUUCGUGUCCGAAAAUUCAACCAUAGAGAAAAUGGAUGCAGAGGAUGGAACCGUGCCCUUGGACGAGACGUUCACCGAGACAAUCGAGCACUAUGGGCGCUCUUAUCAACAUUACUCCCUCACGAAUGGGACAUAUUUUGCACCCAUCGAUGAGGACGAAAUCUCGCGCCUCGAGGUGAUGCACGGAGUUCUCAGCAGGCUCUUUGAUGGGAGGCUCAUAUUCCCCCCUAUCAGGUCGCCACGACGGAUACUCGAUUGCGGUUGUGGUCCAGGAGAUUGGGCCAUCGAAGUUGCCACACAAUAUCCUGACGCCGAAGUCCUUGGCAUAGAUGUCAGCCCGCACAUGAUACCAGAAAACCCUCCCGACAAUAUGGAGCUCCAGGUUGACGACCUUAACGGGAGGUUUACGUUUCGAUCCAACCACUUUGACGUUGUCCAUAGCCAAAUGGUCGCCGGGGGCAUCCAUGCGAAUCGCUGGCGAAGCUAUAUUCGAGACAUUUUCCGUGUAUUGAAGCCAGGCGGGUGGUGUCAGAUGGUCGAGAUAUACUUCAACGCUCAAUCUGACAAUGGUACACUAAGUAGAGACCACGCCCUGUCGCAAUGGUCCAGACAAUACUUGGAAAGCCAGCAGCCAUACAAAGAUCCUCGGGCACCACUUCAAUUGGCCAGCUGGAUGAGAAGUGCAGGGUUCACGGAAGUCGAGUCGAGACUCUUGACGUUGCCAAUGUGCGGCUGGUCGAGUGUCCCCCGAGAUUAUGAUAUAGGCCGAUCCAAUACCGAUAACGUGAACGAGCUAUUGUAUUCGCUAGCAUUAUACCCGUUUACGCAGUUUCUUGGGAUGACUUUCAGUGAUUUCCAACUCUUGAUAGCUCAAGCGAGGAGCGAAGCCAGCAACCCAGCAUUCAAGGCCUACUUUCCAGUUUAUGUUUGCAUUGGUAGAAAGCCACGACGGUAA